UAUUAAGAUAAUUUAAUAUUUGAGCCGAUAAUAGGCAACAGCCAAAUGGGUAACUUGGGAUCCACAUUAAAAGGUUCACACAUCUCCUCUAAACUGAAGAGCAAUCCGCUCGCGAGAUCCCAUAAUGGAAGAAUUAAAACCCUCCACUGUAAUCAUGGCCGCCCUCUCCACACUCUCUCCGCCGCAUCUCUCCGAUCUCUCCCACUCCAUUUUCUCCGACGUCCACACCAGCCGCCGCCGCCUCACCUUCAUCCUCUCUUCUCCAACCCUCUUUUCCUUCACUCUCCGCCACCUCAAUUCCCUUUCCCUUUCCCACAAAUCUCUCCUCGUCGCCCGCUUCCUUCUAUCAGCCCUCCGCCGCCUCUCCCGUCCCUUCCAGACGCCGUCGAAGUCCUUCCCCCACCACCCUUCUACCGCCUUCGUUACCCCUCGCGACCUCGACGCCGCCGUCCUCCUCCUCCUUCUCUGCGAUGUACGCCAGCAUAAUCCGGCCGCCCUCGAAACUCCGAUCACCCAUUGGCGAUCGACCCUCUGUCGAAUCUACUCCGAUUCCCUCUUGACGAUCUCUGGCAUCGCCACCGGCGGCUCCGGGGCCAUUAUUCCGUACAUUGAGACUGUGGGCAGGUGCUGGAAAUUCGUGGGAUUUGUUGUGAGCCGCAACGGCGGGAAGGCCCGGAGAGAGGUGGCGGCGUCGCCUGUCGCAGUGGUGGAGUUGCCGUCGGUGGCGGUGGGCGGCUGUAUGGCGGUGGAAUGUGUGAUUUGUAAAGAGGAGAUGAAUGAAGGGAGAGACGCGUGUCAAUUGCCUUGUGAGCACUUAUUCCAUUGGCUCUGUAUUCUGCCAUGGUUGAGGAAGAGGAACACGUGUCCCUGUUGCAGGUUUCAGCUUCCCACAGAUGAUAUCUUCGGCGAGAUCCAACGGCUCUGGGACAUCCUCGUCAAGGUGGGCUCCCCAUCUGAUGGAGAUUAACGGUCAAGAUUGAACCGUUCUACGGAAGUAUCACAGAACCAGAUGCAGGGAUUUGAUUAACUCGGUUAGGCUAGUUUACACGUGCGGAGGAAACUAGAGGCCUGUAUGGUAUUAACCACAAUGGGUCGUCGUUAGGGGAAGGGGAGAAGAUGGGGUUUGAUAACGACACGUGUGGUUCACCUAAGGA